AUAGAAGGACCAAAUUAGAAUGCUUACCAUACUUCAGCAUAUGUGUGCUUUAUAAACUUGUAAUUAUGCUCAGCAUGCCCGAAAUUCUUUUUAACCCCUUCAUCAGCCUCUACUCAGACAGGCUACUUUGAAAGCUUCAACUUGUCGGAUUUGUUUCAUUGAUCCGGAUUUGAUUACUUGAUCACGGUCAAGUGUGAAAUAUCAUUCAUGAGUGGAAAUUAAACACCAUUAACACCAGCUGAACGCUCGCAACAGGGGGUCUGGGCAGAAUCAACGUCACAUGCACAAACAUAUUUAAAUGAAAACAUUCAAAUUUAUGUCAAGCCCACACAGAUUAAGUGAACGAUAAAAAACCGCCGACGUAAAAGCCGUUAUUAACGCCAGCUUCGUUAACAUUUACGAGUUGAAACGUACAAGAAAAGCACUAAUUUAUGGUUGUUUGGAAAGAAGGCGCAUUACUUUGUCUGUUGAUUGUACGUUGAGAAAUUCGAAGGAAAAAUUUCCCUGUCAGUGUGGAGUCUCGAGUCGAUUUGUCAAAUAAACUUUAAUUUGAAGUCAUGGGCAAUUUAUUAAUGUUCUCGCUCGACCGUCUUUCAAAUGCCAUUUCCUCGCCACAUCAUAUUGUUAUGAUCGGUUUGGAUGGCGCUGGUAAGACAAGUUUAUUGUACAAAGCCAAGUGGAAAGAGCUCGUUAAAGUGCAUCCUACAAUGUCAUUUAAUGUGGAGUGUUUGAAUAUUACGAAGAAAAUCAAGUAUAAGAUUUGGGAUAUUGGAGGUCGUGAGUCAAACAGACCUUUAUGGAAGGCUUAUGUUCGUCGCAGCGAGGCUAUCGUGUUUGUUGUAGACAGUACGGAGUCUAGUCGCUUCGAGGAAGCUCGUCACGAACUUUUCAAUUUAUUGAACUCGGAAUCAGCACAAUUGAAUUCUCGUGUACCGAUUUUAGUUCUGGCCAAUAAACAAGACUUGGCUGGUGCUAUGUCUUGUGACUUGCUUGCAAGCGAAUUGACGUUAAAUUCGCUAAACGAAAGACAUCUGUGGCACAUUGAGCCGAUAUCUAUUCAAGCUGGAGAUGGAUUUCUCCAAAGCUUAAAAACUUUGGGCAAAAUGAUAGCGCAAAGCCGCGGUAAGGAGUCGUUAGAGGAUAAAACCCCUAAAAUACAUAGAAGAACUCUUAUUAAAAUUCCAAAGAACAAUCACGAACUCUUAAAUAAGGACCACGAAGGUAUUCUUGUUUGAUAGAAAACAGAGAGAUAUUAGGAUUUAAAAGAUUGUAAUCAAGUAUUUUUAAAAUUCCAAAGAAAAAUCACGAACUCUUAAAUACGGCCACGAAGGUAUUCUUGUUUGAUAGAAAACAGAGAGAUACAGGAUUUAAAAGAUUGUAAUCAAGUGUUUUUUUAUCAAAGAGAUAAGAGUUAGAUAUUAAAUAUGCAAAAGCGAUCAAGUACAAAGUACUGUCUACAAAGAAUAUAUUGGCCCGCUAUCAGUCUUACAAUGACAGAUGUAGCGUCUAGUAUUUUGAAUAAAAUAUGUGCAAUAAAAUAAGCAAGUUCACGUAGCUAAAUGUAUUAAAACGAUUAAAUAUAAUUUUUCUUUUUGCACUGUGUAUAUUUUCUCAAUAAUCAGUUUAUGGGAAUGUAUAAUAGGUAUUGUAAUUUCAAAGUAAAUCACUCGUCACACUGUA